AUGGCACAAGGAGUGGCAGCAUCGGUACUAGCGGGUCUUCUAUCUCCCAUGCUUAGCGAGGGCGAAUUGGGCAUGGAAUGGCGCAAAUGGCGCAAGAAAUAUGAAAUCUACCUGAAGGCAACGAGACAAGCCGAUGACAAGACCCCAUCUGACGUUAAAACGUCUCUCCUAUUACAUGCAAUUGGCUCAGAAGGACAGGAGAUCUAUGAAGGUUUCUCUUUCGACAACGACGAGGACAGAGAGAAGUAUGAUGUGGUUCUGAACAAAUCCGAGACGUUCUACGCCCCAAAGGUAAACAUUACCUGUGAGCGAUAUAAGUUCUUUACACGUUCUCAAGAAGAGGUUCUGGGUGUUACAAAUCCGCGUUUGUCCAAACGACUUCUUGCAGCGGGUGAUCCUGAUCUACAGAAGACUCUGAAAAUGUGUCGAGCUGAAGAAGUUUCUGCAGCGCAAACUCAUAGCAUGUCAGCUAUUGUACAUGUGCAGACUGUGAGUAAGGUGUCGUUUAUGGAAUGCCAAGAAGAUGAAUCUGAUGAGGACUCUGGAGCAACCCAAGUAGCAGCAGUCCAUCGACAGCGAGAAAGGUCAAGUAGUGGAGUGAAGAAGUGUUACCGGUGCGGCAGAAACCAUCCUCCUAGAAGAUGCCCGGCAUGGGGGAAGACAUGUGAAAAGUGUCGAGGAUCAAAUCAUUUUGCAGAGAUGUGA